GCUGCGGGGGGCCGAAAACCGGGGCGACGCCGUUUCAUGGGGCGGAGAACGUCAACCUUUAUUCUCCGCGUUCCCUCUCUCCCUCUCUCUCUCUCUCUCCUCGCCAUUGGUCCUUUCCUCGCAUUUGCCAACCGGACAACUAGAAACAUCGCCCCUGGUGCGUAGGAAAAGCAGCAUCUCCGCAGGAACGAGAUUCCCUCCUGCUCGAAAUUCGUCGGACAAGAGGGCCGGGCGUGCGUGUAUGUGCGAGUGAGGUCGGGAUCGGAUCUGGGUCGGUCGGUCUUGUUCUUGUUGUUGGUUCUUGCGGAGUGGGUCGGAGUAGCGAAGGGACGCGAUGGGGUUGUCGAGUGGCGACGGUACCCGGAUGAAGGUGGUGACGGGGGAUGCUGGGUACGUGCUGGAAGACGUGCCUCACUUGUCGGAUUACAUCGCCGACCUCCCCACAUACCCGAAUCCAUUGCGGUCUAAUCCUGCAUAUGCAGUGGUUAAGCAAUAUUUUGUCCAUGUGGAUGACACAGUUCCUCAAAAGGUUGUCGUUCACAAGGAUGGCCCAAGAGGAAUUCAUUUUCGACGUGCUGGACCUCGCCAACAGGUGUAUUUCGAGACAGAUGAAGUGCACGCAUGUAUUGUAACAUGUGGUGGUCUUUGCCCAGGGCUGAACACUGUGAUCAGGGAAAUUGUGUGUGGCCUUAAUUACAUGUAUGGUGUCACCAAGAUCCUUGGAAUAGAUGGCGGAUAUAGGGGAUUCUACUCCAAAAAUACCAUAACUUUGAACCCAAAAGUUGUCAAUGACAUACAUAAGCGUGGUGGUACCAUUCUUGGGACAUCACGAGGAGGCCAUGAUACUAUGAAGAUUGUUGACAGCAUUCAAGAUCGUGGGAUUAACCAGGUUUACAUAAUUGGAGGGGAUGGAACGCAGAAGGGGGCGUCUGUUAUUUAUGAGGAAAUUAGGCAGCGUGGCCUUAAAGUCGCUGUUGCUGGCAUCCCGAAAACUAUAGACAAUGACAUCCCUGUAAUUGACAAGUCUUUUGGAUUUGAUACUGCUGUUGAGGAGGCUCAACGUGCAAUUAAUGCAGCUCACGUAGAGGCUGAAAGUGUUGAAAAUGGCAUAGGUGUAGUCAAGUUGAUGGGACGCUAUAGUGGAUUUAUAGCUAUGUAUGCUACCCUUGCCAGUCGAGAUGUGGAUUGCUGUUUGAUUCCGGAGUCACCUUUCUUUCUCGAAGGGAAAGGUGGACUAUAUGAGUUCAUUGAAAAACGACUUAAAGAAAAUGGACACAUGGUGAUUGUGAUAGCUGAAGGAGCAGGGCAAGACCUAGUUGCAGAGAGCCUGCAAUCCAAUCAACAAGACGCUUCAGGGAAUAGGCUUCUUCAAGAUGUUGGUCUGUGGAUAUCUCACAAAAUCAGGGACCAUUUUGCCAGACAGCAAAAGAUGGGCAUUACUCUUAAAUAUAUAGAUCCUACAUACAUGAUCCGCGCUGUACCGAGUAAUGCAUCAGACAAUGUUAACUGCACACUUCUGGCGCAAAGUGCAGUCCACGGAGCAAUGGCAGGUUUCACAGGCUUCACAGUUGGACUUGUCAAUACUCGACAUACUUACAUUCCUUUCAAUCGAGUGACCGAAAGGCAGAACAAAGUUGUCAUAACGGACAGAAUGUGGGCCAGGCUUCUUUCUUCAACGAACCAACCCAGCUUCUUAGUGUUGAAAGAUGGAGUUGAAGAAGCCAAGGAAGAGGAAGAACCCAGCUUCUUAAGGUCGAAAAAUGGAGUUGAAGAAGCCAAGGAAAAGAAAGAACUGGAUGUGAGGGAAGCGUAAUUUAAGACAUUCGCCUUAGUUCAUAACCUGGAGAAGCAGGGAUUCUUCUACUACAGUUACGUGUUAACACACCAUUUGAUAUGGGUGUACCACUUUGUUUUACAUAUUGUAGUCAAUCGGUGCUUUUCGUGCAAUGCCUGAAACAGCUUUGAAUUGUCAACUUAGUUAUCCUUAAAUACUUUCCUGGGUCUUUCUUUGUCAAUCCAUUUUAAAAGUUUCUGCUGAGAGAAUACGAA